GCAGGCCAUAGCAGUUAUUUUCUUUCAACAAAACAAUUCACAAGGCAAGAGAAAAUCGUUUUCUGUUUUUUUCUAAUUAACAGUGAAUAAUAUGACGAUCGAUGAAGAUCUGAAUGGGCUGAUUCUAUUUUGGCACUGGGGUCCCAUAGUUUCGCUGAUUGUCACCGCGACCGUAACUUUCACAACCUGGCAAUGGUGGCCAUCGACGGAAGGGUCUUUAAUAUCUAACGCGUAUUUUGCUUUCUAUAUGCUGACGACUCUGUUGUCCCUGUACAACUUCGUAAGAUCAGUGCUGGUGGGGCCGGGUCUGUUGCCGCGUGGCUGGCAGCCCGAAUACCCCAGAGAGGCAAAGUUCUUGCAGUACUGCAAGAAAUGUGAAGGCUAUAAGGCGCCACGCACCCAUCAUUGUCGUCGCUGUGACCGUUGUGUGAUGAAAAUGGAUCAUCAUUGUCCGUGGAUCAAUCGCUGUGUGGGCUGGUCCAAUCAGCCAUAUUUCAUCCUUUUCCUGUUUUAUUAUCUGUUGAGCAAUUUGCAUGCCUGUGGCGUGCUCUGCUAUGCUGGCCUACGAUUCUUUAUCGAGAGCAACAAGAUGGCUCGUCGGUAUCAUGGAGGCAAUUUGGACCUAUAUCUGCGACACCAUUUCACUAGCAUAUUUAUGGGUAUCAUGAGCUUUGGGCUGACGAUCGGCAUUGUACUAUGCAUGCUGAAGCUGUUGAUCAUCCAGAUCGGUUCUCUGCUCAAGAAUAUGACCGAUGUUGAGGCAUGGAUCGUAGCAAAGGCGAACGCUCGUCAUUAUCAGAAGAAAUUGAAGCCAUUUGUCUUCCCGUACAAUCUCGGCUGGUAUGCAAACCUCGGUCAGGUGUUUAACGUUGCGGAACUGCAUCGCAGUCAUGGCAUUGACUUCCCGGUUGUCAAGGGUUGUAAUCAAUUCACGCUCACCAUGGAACAGCUUGCACAGAAAGCAGACAAACGCAAUCGUACACUCACCUACAUAUGCGUUCAUCCAUCAACUGGAAGCUGGUUGCCCAUCUGGUCGCAAGGUCUGAUAGUGGCGUUCAACACUCCCCUCACAGACAAUCCGCGCAUCAAGUUGGAGAAAAAUGAUCUCAUAAAGGUUACGCGCAAACAGAAGCAUUGGCUGUUCGGGGAGCGCGUUGUUGGCGACGAUCAACGCAAGGGCGCGAUUCGUGGCUGGUUUCCCAGACGCUGUGCUGUCGAGAUUACCGACGGCGGAGACCCGAAAGAUAUGGCGUCUUCUAAGGCAAAACCAAAGGACAAGUCUCGUGCAAGCAAGCAGACAAAGUCAAACAAGAUAAAUUAGGGACCGAACCGAACCACUUUAAUGGAGAACUCAAUUUUAAACUGAUAUGCAAAAUUGCAGCAUUAAUCGGCUGUGUACUUCUAUUUUAUUGUAUGAAAUAUAUUGUCGUAGCACAACUAAGAAGAAGAAGAUGCAGUGUAUAUACAUA